UCUAGGUUUUGUCGUGAUCUGGUGCAAUCGUGUGUUCCUUGCUUGUAAGCUUGAUCAUCCGUUCGAUCGCAGGGGAAUGGUAUUAGCAUGGGUCGAAAAAGACUGCUCCCAGCGCGGUGAUAGACAACAUUCAUGUUAAUGGCUUUUGCUAAAAGUGAAGUGAAUUAAGAGUCGCGGGAAAACUUGUGUAAUGCAAUUUUGACUCCGGUUUUACUAUUGUGACGAUAUAGCCGGGGAUUGUUUUCGAUGGUGUUGUUUUUUUUUCUUAAAGUAAAACGUUUUGAAUAAAUGAAAUUUAUACCCACGCGGCAUACACAAAUAGUUACUGUGAGAACAGCUUCAGGUGUUUGGACAUAUUUUUAUAAUUCGUGGACGGUUUUUUCGUCAUCGCUUUAAACGAGCAUCUUAAAUCGCGACCGCGAAGUUGGUUUCGAAUCACGCCGACGCCAUUUUUUCGGGGGUGUUGUUACUGCAAGUCGCGUAACUCCUUUCUAUAGAAAUGAAAGUUUCAACAGUGAACGUAUCGCUUCUGUUCGAGUCGAACCACCGGCUCAAAAAGAAAGUGCCAGUGCGUGAUUCGAGGGCCAAGUGACAACCACCAGUAAAAACAAAAACGGCCUAUGAUUUGCGAUCACAGCGAGAUGGAGAACACCGAGCCGCUGGAAAUGAUGGGGUGCAUAAAAAUGAAAGCAAACAUCGCUAAGAUGGACAUUCUUCUUCUUCAACUAUCUACAGCCAUCAAACUGGAAUUAAGUGGUAGUGGUAUUGUUUUCACAACCGUGAUGACAGGCAGACGAAGAUUUUCAGUGAAAAUUUGAAUAGUGUGAAAUUUUUGGCAAUAAUAACGCAAACGCCUAGCUACGAUCGGGGUGAAAAUUCAGAAGGUGUUUUGAAAUCGUAGCAAAAACCAGUGACAUUAAGUUGGAGUGAAUGGAAAAAUAACGUGACCGGUAGCAAGUGGCACCGGAAAGAAUAGCAAAAAAGUUAGGAUAACAAGUCGCAUCAAAGGCAGAAAAUGUUUGAGGUGUUUCGAUCGGUGUUACGCAAUCAUCGUCAUCGUCCACAUCAGCAGGAGAAGAUACAACAAAAUCAACAGCUGCAAUCGGCAAUCUGAUAUUCCGGGCGGCCAAUUCAAACCCGAAGCUUGACCGGAAUCGAGAUUGAAACGCGGAACGUGAGUGCAAUUAGUGUUUCGACGGUACGUCGAUCGUUCGCCGUACGUAGGCUAGCGGAAGAAACGAAUAGUGCCCCCGUUUGGGUGUUUCGACCGCAGUUCCCCCUCCCCAUUCUCCGGGGGUGAUCAUUGUGAUUGGAGAAAUUAGAUAAAUAGUAAAGUGCAGUGCAAAAUGGGAAAGUCGAACCAUCGACUGUUUGGGUUAAUUUGGCUGAUUGCAGUACAAUGGCUAGUGAUAGCGGUGUGCGCAGCAGCACAAAGCAGCGGCGAAGACAGUUCAACUAGCACAGCCGAACCUAGCACGGCACUCCCCGAGGUGAUUGAUGAAUCAAGUUCUUCCUCGAUGGUAACACAAUUAGCGGUUCUUCCUCUAAACAAAACAAUCAUUAACCAAAACGAAGCAACAACCAAAGAUCCCGCAGAGUCUGAUGACAGCAGCAGUUCCUCAUUACCGUUGGAAUCAACAUCCCCUCUGACCUUGUCCGAUCCCGUCACCAAUGAGGUAAGCACCGAGUCAGAUGUUGCCAAACCAAGGGAGUCAUCACCGGCGGUGACCUCGAUCGAACUGCACUCGACAGAGAAACCGAUUUUGCUUCAUGUCAAGACCGUCGAAGAAGUCACCAACGAUCGAGAUCCGGCUAAACCACCCUCCAUGCUGAACCAUUUUGUUCCGAUGGGAGAAAGUUCAUCGGAGGAACUGCUGAAAAUGACGGACGUGAGAUCAUCGGACGAAUCCAUCCUACCGAGAGGUCGCGCGAUCAGUUUCGGUCCCGAUGGACCAAUUAAUUUCGUUACUGCCCCAGACUUGGCCACAACGGUGGCCACGAAAAGCUCUACGACUGAGACCCCAAAUAGCACAAUGGGACACGGAAGAAAGUCACCCACGGAGCUCGCUGACCUCGCCGACAUCAGUAUGGAAGAGGACGGUGGAGAGCAGGGAGAAAGCAACGAGGGAAGUGUUACUGAGGGCACACAUAAUGCGACCAUGAAUCACAUGGUGCAGCACACAGCGGGACGGGAUCUGAUGGCAAUGGUCGUCGAUGAAUGUAUCUACAAUGGCGUCGAGUACAAGACAAACCAAACCGUUGAUCGAGGAUGCGAUGAGCGGUGUACCUGUGAGGAAGACGGAAAAUGGCGCUGUGAGCCCCGUUGUCCCCGGCCGUUCGUCAAACGUGGCAAAAGUCUACCAGACCCUGAGUGCUACGAGGUUCCCUCCAAGACCGACGAUUGCUGCGCCAAACUGGUGUGCGGCAGUGCAUCCGAACGGUUCACCGAUGGACGAUCUGACACCACAGAUAAGAUCCCAACGACUUCGACGGCGAUCGUCACGAAUUGCAUCUACCGAAAUCAAUCGUACAACGUGAAUGCGAAAGUGGAGAUGGGUUGCGAGAAAAUUUGCACCUGCAACAGCGAAGGUGAGCUGGACUGUGUCCCACGGUGUCCUACGAUGAACGAGACACGUUCUGAGCAUUGCGUUACCGUGCCGGAUCCGAAUGAUGCCUGUUGCAAUCGCGAGUUUUGCGACGUUAUCCUGGAUGAUCACGAGCAGAACAGCGCCUUGAUGAUGUCCCCAUCCACGGGAUCACCACAGGCACCGACCACGGCGAGCGGUGUCAGUAAGAAUGAUUUCAUUGGAGAAAUUGAUCAAUGCGAGUACAAGGGAAAAAUGUAUACGAAAAAUCAGCAGUUCCACGAUGAAUGUAACGCGUUGUGCCUCUGCACCGACGCGGGUGUCCAUUGUGCCAAAAUCGAAUGUCCCUCGCACUUCGGUCUGGAUGUGUUAGAUCCCCACUGCCUCCGAUGGGAACCGGAUCCAGCAACGUUCCGCGCAAUCGCCCCACGGUGUUGUCCGGAACGUAUGAAAUGUGUCGAUAAUGGGACGUGUACCUUCAAAGGUAUAGUUUUUGACAAUUGGUCCGAAAUUCCAAGUAAUCUGACCGGAUGCGACCAACAUUGUUACUGUGAAUCCGGGAAAGUGGAGUGCAGACCAGCAUGUCCACCAGUGCCAGCAAUUCCUCCACCAAGUUUGCCUUGCAGUCCAAGAAUGGCUAGAUUAGCGCCACUGCCGGAUGAUGAUUGUUGCAAGCACUGGAUUUGCUCCAACGGGGAGCCAGCUUUAACAGGCAAUGACGUGUUGAAGCCGCUUCUUAUGUCAGAUCAGUUUCUUCCCACAAAAUCACCGAAAAUUGAGAAAGGCGAGAAACCGAAACAGGAAAAAGAAUCAGAAGAACCGAAAGAUCCAGCGCAUGUUCCUUUCUAUCCCACAAUCGAUGGAAAACCUCCUAAAAUCCCACAAGAUAAACCUCACAAGAAGUAUCCCAAAGAAGACACUAAGAAAGAUCACUUUAACAAUAUCUUCACUGGAAAUGAACCGAAUCAACCCGGUGAUAACAAAUAUGACUACGGUAAUUAUGACGACGCUCCGAAGCCAGCAACACUCGGGGUGCAACGGCCUGGCCCGCCCGGCUACUAUGGACCGGAACUCAAGCCCGGUUAUAACGAGUACAAUCCAUACAUACACGUGAGCGGUCCCCCCGGAGUCGUCCCGCUGCCACCGGGUGGUCAGCUUCCUCAUCAUCCGCUAGACAAACAACUCAUCAAUGCACUUGGACCCAACCCACAAAACAUUCCACCUAACAUCCGCAUCGAGCAGCUACUGCAGCAGAUUCAUGUCCAAGAUCCAAAUUCCGGUCCCAUCUUGCACGGUCAAAACAUCAACAACAAUCCCUUCCAUCAACCGAUCGCACCCCCAACCCACCAAACUGCGGCCGCUGCCAAUGGCAUCAACUACAAUCAGUACGGUGAGCCGCUAGACAUUGGACCAUCACAUCCGGCACAGCAACCCGCAGGACCCAAUCUCGGUUUCCCAACACUGCAGACCGAUCUGAAGGUACUCGCCCUGGACGCCAUCGAUCCGAACACAGUUCGGGUCAUUUUCAUCGUACCGCAGGUUUACGUAGGUCUGCAUGGUCGCGUCGAGCUACGAUACACUCGAACGCGCAACAACGACACCUCGACCUGGCAGGCGCAGGUAUUCGCUCCACCGGAUGACCUAAUAGCUACCUCCCAGCUAGAGUUUGAGCUACCCGGGCUCGAUGCGAACACGGAGUAUCGCGUGAAGAUAACUCUGGUCCUCCGGGACGUAAACUCACAACCAUCUAGUCAGGUGUACACCGUUCGUACGCCUUCCGAUCGGUUGAUUACUCCGCCACCGCUGAUCAACACCGAACUGCACUAUCCCCAUCUUAGCCACCCAACCAACUUCCUGAAAGAGAUCAUUCAAGAUCCACUGCUACGAACGAACGAUGUGAACGCAACCUGGGCCAAAAUCACCUGGCGUAAGCUGGACGACGAAGAGCUGGACUACGUGGAUGGUAUUCAGCUCCGGUAUAAGGAAAUCGAUGGAAUGGUGUACGACGCCACUCCACUGAUUCAUCGAGCACUCAGCGAGUACACGGUGGAAAAUUUGAAACCACAAACUCGCUACGAAAUGGGAAUAUUCUUUAUUCCUUUCCCGGGACACGGCGAAGAGGUACGGGCUGGAGAGAUGCUGCAGUUCACCACAGCACAACGAAUCGACAUCUAUGGGUUCGAGGUGGUGGUCAAUGUCAGUAAGGUGAAGGCCAGUAGCGUCGAGGUAAGUUGGUCUGGUGUGCCUUACCCGGAGGAUAAGUAUGUGAACAUCUAUCGAGCAAUCUACCAAAGCGAUAGUGGCAAGGAGGAUUCAAGUGUAUUCAAAGUUGCUAAACGAGACUCGACGACGGGAACGCUGAUUACGGAUCUUAAACCCGGUACACGCUAUCGGUUGUGGUUAGAGAUGUACCUCACUAAUGGAAGCAUCAAAAAGAGCAAUGUAGUAAACUUUAUUACAAAACCCGGUGGUCCGGCGAUACUUGGAAAACCUGGUAAACUAUCGGUUGCUGGUUCCGAAGCACUCCCGGGCGAUUAUUACGGGCCAUUAGUGGUGGUUGCAGUGAUAGCAUCCCUUGCCGUCAUGUCCACUCUAAUACUGCUGCUCAUUCUUACCAGACGUAGAGUGCAAAGUGCCACAAUAACUCCUCCCCGCAAAAACGAGGUUUCCUAUGACAACCCUAGCUACAAAGUUGAAAUUCAGCAGGAGACAAUGAAUCUGUAACGAUGAAACCGACUCGUAGCUGCCUAUUUUAUUCCGACAACAGCGACGAUUUUAUCUAUUUAUCAAUCGAGCCAACGCAAGGCACUUUCUGUAUAUUUAUUUCCUACUCUAGUUUUGCUUCCGUCUCUGUAUAUAAGCUAGCAUAUGAUAUGCCAAACGUCUAGACUAGACUCCGUCCUCAGCUCCAGCAGCACGUUCGUUUCGGUACGUGCACCAGUUUUCCUGAAUCCUAUUGCGACAGUCCAAAGUGUAGUUUUCAUUCCUCUUUCUCUACUAGGCCAUUGACCUCAGAGUUGACCAGGUAACACAACGUUACCAAACUGUUAUGUACACAUUCCUCAGUAGAGAAAUAACCAAGCGAAUUCCCAGUGACCAUUCCAGUGUCGUAGUUAGAAGAAAUAACAUUCAAGGGACGAUUUGAUCAGCUCAACAAUUUCAAGGAACCAUUGGUAGGAUCGAUAAAACGAUCACUUGAACUGGUUCUUAUUUAGAUAAGGUUAGGUUAUUAAGUAAAGGCUGUAAAUAUGUAUGUGUACAUCAUAAACCGAAAUGUCUAAACCCGUACUUUAGAUAACUUUCCUAGUGUAAUGUCUAAUAGUUUUGUAAAUAAGAGAUAUUUUUAAAAAUAAACAACUGAUUUCGUAGCCGAAAA